UCUAGUAGUGCCUCUACACUCUCGGGGAAAUUCGGCGAACAAGGAAUACUCAACACCAGACAUGCAGAGCCUCCUACUUGUACUGCUUUUUGGAGUGGUGGCGUACGCUCAGCUUCCUAGGCCUUGUGAGUCACCAAAGCAAUGGGAAGCGAGAAUAUUCACCCAAGACAUGUCUAAGAACUACACUGCGUACGCAAAAGGAAGCUAUGACGAAACGCAGAGGAGAUUCCGUGAAAUUGAAGAAGUGGCACUAGGAACCGAUCGCGAGUACUAUGACGUGCUAUACCUUUUCAACGUCGGAAAGGAAUACAGAUUGAAUUUGAAAACAAAGAAGUGUAACGUUACAAACCUUACACGUCCCUUUCGACCAUUUGGAGUUCCUCCCGAGGGUCAAUUUGAAUUUUCGGCAACCAUUGGAGCGGCUGGAGUCCCUGGAGAAUAUAUGGUCGUGAACAAUUUCUAUGGCAACUUCACUGACGGAGCUAGAUUCUUCGGGACUGUCACAUCACCUGACUGUAUGCCAGUAUCAAAUGGUUUCUUCAGCGAGGACACCGGUUUUGUUCAUAGAACAUUUUUCGAUAUGAACAUCGGUAUUGCAGACCCAAUGGUAUUCAUCCCGCCAAGAGAAUGUCUUUAAAUCUUAUUUGUAUUUUAUUAUGAAGGCAACUUAUCAAUAAAAAAUGAAACAAAUGAAA